AUGCUAGUUAUCUGUUCAUCCCUGUCCUCCUGCGAGCGGGGGACUGUUACAGGCCAACCCCGUUACCACAGUACUCCAGACAGCUUUUGUUCUUCAAAGCAUGUCCAGCAAGCAUCUCACCAGCUGUCUAGUACAGUGGUCAGUUAUACACCCAAACCUUUUAAACCACCGACCCCUUCCUCAAAAACAGUGUCAGCUCUCCAGACCCCGGUUUACACCGAGAGGAACGUUUCAUUUCAAGGUCAUGGCUCAGAGAGCGCUCUGCAGUACGAGCCGGUGGCGGAGAGCGGAGGAGCUUACGGGACGGUCUACAAGGCUCGAGAUCGAGACAGCGGCCAGUUUGUGGCUCUGAAGAGCGUGAGAGUGCAGACCAAUCAGGACGGCCUUCCCCUGUCCACGGUGCGAGAGGUGGCUCUGCUCAAACGACUCGAGCAGUUCGACCACCCCAACAUCGUCAGGCUGAUGGACGUGUGCGCCACGCUGAGAACGGACCAGGAAACUAAAGUGACUCUGGUGUUUGAACACGUGGAUCAGGACCUCAGGACGUAUCUGGAGAAAGUGCCGGCCCCCGGGCUCCCCAUCCACCGGAUCAGAGACUUGAUGCGGCAGCUGCUGUGUGGCCUGGCCUUCCUUCACUCCAAUCGGGUUCUCCACCGGGACCUGAAGCCCGAGAACAUCCUGGUGACGAGCCGAGGGCAGGUGAAGCUGGCAGACUUUGGCCUGGCGCGGAUCUACAGCUGCCACAUGGCUCUGACUCCGGUGGUGGUGACGCUGUGGUACCGCUCUCCUGAGGUGCUGCUCCAGACCACUUACGCCACGCCGGUGGACAUCUGGAGCACCGGCUGCAUCUUCGCAGAGAUGUUCAGACGCAAGCCUCUCUUCUGUGGAGAUUCAGAGGUGGACCAGCUGGGCAAGAUAUUUACGGUGAUCGGUCUGCCGGCCGAAGACGAGUGGCCCACGGAUGUGACUCUGUCCCGGCAGAACUUCAGCCCACAAACCCCUCAGCCAAUCACAGACUGCGUUCCUGAGAUCAGCGAGAAGGGGGCGGAGCUCUUAUUGGAAAUGCUGACGUUUGAUCCGUUGAAACGAAUCUCUGCUCUGAAUGCUCUGGAGCAUCCGUUCUUUGCCGAAUGAUCGUUUUAUUCCCAUAAUUCACUGCGGUUUGAGGUCACAGAUGCAGCCUGGACCGUGAAGAGUGUUUUUCCACCACAUCCUAAAGGACUGAAUACUCAACCAUUCCUGUGUGUGUGUGUGUGUGUGUGUGUGUGUGUGAGUGUGAGUGUGAGUGUGAGUGUGAGUGUGAGUGUGAGUGUGUCUGUGAGUGUGUCUGUGAGUGUGUCUGUGAG